AUGACCGUCUUUCAAUCCUUUUUAGGCAACAAAAAGUUAGUGAUAGCAUGUGCAGCCGCUGCUGUGAUUACGAUUUGUGCAAUUGCGAUUCCAUUGAUUGUGGUGUCAUCCUAUGAUGAAUUCGCUGGUCGGGAUGUUUUAGACGAAGUUCCACUAAUUGAUGGCCACAACGAUCUUCCCUUCAACAUCUACAAAUAUGAACGAAAUCGAUUAGCGAACUUCAAUUUAGAUUCAAACCUAAAACUGCAUCCGGUGUGGGGUGAAGCGAACACCAGCCACACGGAUCUUCCUCGCUUACGGCAGGGUAAGUUGAGCGCCCAGUUCUGGGUAGCGUACGUCCGGUGCAAUGACACUCAAUAUCUGGACGCUGUCGCCAGAACUUUGGAACAGAUCGAUGUGGCAAAGCGACUGAUCGCCAAAUACCCAAACGAUCUGAAAUACGUUACCUCAGCCGAUGGAAUCAUGGAAGCUUUUGAGGAGAAAAAGAUUGCAUCUUUGUUGGUGGUUGAGGGAGGACACUCGAUCGAUUCCAGACUGGCCGUGCUUCGAGUGUUCUACGAACUGGGUGUUCGCUAUCUAACGUUGACACAUUCGUGCAACACACCGUGGGCUGAUGCUUCGCCUAUCGACGAGAUGACGGAACCGCAGCUGAAUAAUCUGUCCCCCUGGGGACGCAACGUAGUUUGGGAGAUGAACCGUCUCGGAAUGAUGAUCGAUGUUUCGCACGUCAGUCACGGGGUAAUGCGUGAUGCCAUCAAGUAUAGUAAAGCUCCGGUAAUUUUCAGCCAUUCGUCUUCGCAUGCCGUUUUUCAACACCAUCGGAACGUACAGGACGAUGUAUUGCGAGAGCUGGUAGAGAAUGAAGGCAUUGUAAUGGUUAAUUUCUAUCCAGCUUUUGUGGGUGGAAAUUCUAUAGAUGAUGUCGUUAAGCAUUUCAAUCACAUCAAAUCGAUUACGGGACCCGAUUACAUAGGAAUUGGUGGAGAUUAUGAUGGGGUUUCUGCAACUCCGCAGGGUUUGGAAGACGUAUCUAAGUAUCCAGAUCUGUUUGAUAUGUUAGCAGCCGGUCGACUGAAAUCUGGCGAAUGGUUUAGACCGUGGACUAGGGAAGAGUUACGCAAACUGGCUGGUCUUAAUUUAUUACGUGUGUUUAGAGCCGUCGAGCAAGUUCGUGACAGUAUGGCAGAUGUUGCACCGUACGAAAAUAUCAUACCAUUUGAGGAAUUUGAAAAGGCAGGUGUUGGCAAUCAACCGUGCAUGUCAAAUAUGGGAAUACAUAAGGAAUGA